AUGGGCAUCCGUUCUUUACUCCUCCCUUCGACGCUGGUCGUCCUCAUCGCCACCUCUUGCUUGGCGGACUCAGCCUGGAAUGGCCAUCUCCUCCCCGGCUCGACUACGAAGGCUAGAUUCUCGCCAUACUAUGUUCCCCCUGGUGCCAAAAGCUACGACUCGUCAUCACCCCUAUUACACUACUCAGGAGGCUGGACAGAGUCGUUCUCCCCUGCCUAUGUUCAGAAGAGUAUCCGGGCGAGCUCAGAACCUGGCGCUGCGAUGACCUUCACCUUCACUGGCACGGGUGUGGAGUGGUUCGGAAAUCAGGACAAGAAGCAUGGCAUGGCGAAGGUCUACAUCGAUGGUCAACUCACUCAGGAGGUUGAUGCCUACAACGAAGCGUCGAUGAAACAACAGCGCAUAUUCUGGGCCUUCGGCCUGCCGCAGGGCAAGCACACCCUCAAGAUUUUGAACGCCGGGGCGAGCCAUUCCUCAGCCAGCGGGAUCUCAAUCGACAUCGAUGCCCUCGUCGUGACGCUAGGCACGUCUGCGGAGCAACAAGAUCCCUUACAGCAGAACAUGGCCACUUCUUCUCAGAACCUACCUUCGUAUCCGCCCCUCCUAGACUUGUCAUCUAAAUUUCCUCAGGAGUCUCAGUGGACGCUAGUGCAGAACGGCUCUACUGGGGUGCAUGCUAUGCAGCUGGCGAUUAUCUCGGAGACGCACGCGCUCGUCGUGGACAAGGUCGAGCAUAAUCCGCUUACCGUCUCUGGACAUCCUGCCUGGGCGGCUCUGUACAACUUGAAGACACAUGCCCUGAAGCCCCUCUCUAUGCAGUCGAAUUCUUUCUGCGCUGGCGGCACCUUCCUGAGCAAUGGUACUCUCAUAAACGUCGGCGGGAACCCUGUGGUGGAGGACCGUACUGCCUCUGCUGACUUUGGCGAUGUCGAUGGACUACAGGCUAUCCGUAUCUUCGAGCCUUGCGAGUCUGACAACGUGGGCGGUUGCAACAUUUAUGAGAACCACGACAGGAUUCGCAUGGCCAGCCCGCGCUGGUACAACACCGUCCUUCGUGUCUCAGACGGCAGUGCCAUGAUCAUCGGGGGUUCUCUCAAGGGCGGCUGGAUCAAUAAUGUCACGACGAACAACCCCACCGUCGAAUAUUUCCCUCCCAAAAACAUCCACGACUCCAACGGUCUUCCUAUCCAUCUCCCUUUCCUCGUCGACACAUUGAACUCCAACCUCUUCCCGAUCGCGUUUUCGCUCCCCGACGGUUCUGUAUUCAUGGCUGCUAACCGCGAUGCGAUGAUCUACGACUGGAAGACCAACACCGAGCGAAGGUUACCGCAGAUCCCGAACGGCGUGCGCGUCACGUAUCCUAUGACUGGAACUGGCCUACUCUUGCCUCUGUCCCCAGAGAACAACUACACCCCCGAGAUCCUUCUGUGCGGCGGCUCCACUAUCGAUGACACCAAGCCAGGCUACGAGAUCUCCUCGCAGGACCCAGCGUCCUCACAGUGCUCUCGGAUGGUGCUCACUGACGCUGGAAUCGCUGCUGGAUGGCAGGUCGAGCAGAUGCCCCAGGCGCGGACGAUGCCUGACGCUGUCCUACUGCCCACUGGCGAAGUUCUCAUCGUCAACGGCGCGGGCUCUGGCAUCUCCGGUUACGGGAACGUCGUGAACCAAGUCGGCGCAUCUAACGCCGACAACCCCGUCCUCACUCCCGUCCUCUACAGCCCCUCUGGUCCUACCGGGCAGCGUUUCUCUACAGGCGGAAUGCCUACGAGCGACAUUCCGCGGUUGUACCACUCGGUCGCGACGCUCACUCCGCAGGGAGAUAUCAUGAUCGCGGGCAGCAAUCCGAACUUGGACCGGAGUGAGCUUAAGUAUGGGACGGAGUACCGCGUCGAAUGGUUGGGUCCCGCAUACAUGAAGCAGGAGCGGCCGCAGAUUCUUGGCGGUGUUCCGAAGCUGUUUGGGUUUGGCGAGACGGCGCAGCUGAGGAUACUCAUGCCCGUGACCUCCCAUCAGGGCGCGAGCAUCAAGGUUGCGCUGAUGGAUUUGGGUUACGUGACGCAUGCCGUGCACGCAAACUCCCGCCUGGUCUACCUGACCUCAUCGGUGUCGAGCGAUCAACAGACGUUGACCAUCACCGCCCCGCCGAAUGGCAAUAUCUAUCCGCCAGGCCCGGGCUUCAUCUACGUCGUCGUUGACGGUGUGCCGAGCGUAGGGGUGAAGGUUCUGGUUGGAGAUGGGAAGGGUCCCGUUGUUGACGCAGCGGCCCAGCAAAAUGUCCUGAAGCAUACGGACGUGGACCAAUACGAGGAGACGAAGGGACAUCCUUCGGAAGAUGGUUCAGAAUGA